AUGUCACUCAUUGAAACAGAAAAUGUCUAUUUAUUCAUUCCAAAUAUCAUUGGAUAUGCAAGAAUCGUCUUAGCAGUAGUGUCAUUCUACUUUAUGCCAACAAAUUAUGUGAUUGCAAGUUGGUGCUAUAUCAUUAGCGUUUUAUUAGAUGCAUUAGAUGGACAUGCAGCAAGAAAAUUCAACCAAUCCACAAAAUUCGGUGCUAUGCUGGAUCAACUGACUGACAGAUGUGGAACUAUGGGUCUUCUUGUUACUUUAAGCUACUUCUAUCCAAAGUACAUGUUUUGGUUCCAAUUAUCUAUGGCAAUUGACGUCGCAUGCCAUUGGUUCUAUCUUCAUACAUCACUGCUUCAAGGCAAAACUUCACACAAAUUUAUUGACAUGAACGAAAAUCCAAUUAUGCAUAUUUACUACACAAAUCGUACAGUUUUGGGCUUCAUGUGUCUCUUCAAUGAACUCUUUUAUGCUGCUUUAUAUCUCCUUUAUUUCACUCCUGGGCCAAUAUUCUUGGGAGUUCCAUUCUUCAAACUACUCGCAAUCGUUUCUGCGCCUGUUGCAAUUGUCAAAACAUUAAUAUCAGUCAUUCACGGUGUCGUUGCUUCAGUCAACAUCACAACAAUUGAUACAAAAGAUCGUGAGGAUGCAAAGAAGAAGGACCAAUCCAAAAAGAGCGAAUAA